AUGUGGAACGUGCUUGAUGUGAGCAUUCUUACUCCUGGUUUGUAUGGCCGAUUAAAAUUUGCUAACUAGUAAAUCAUAGUAUCCGGCUUGUCUCAUACCAUACAGUUAUGCAUCAAAGGACCUCGAUCCGUCCCCCUUCUCCAUUGUAGAACCAUGUUUGGGAGAAAGUUGUGAGUUCAUCAAUAUCUCGGCUAAAUUGAAUAUCCCUAAUCGCAAAUACUAGACAUACCAAUGAUUUCCGAUGGUAUGCCGUGUGCACUCCAGAUCUCAGCUCUUCGACUAGAAGACGAGAAGUGUUUGCACGCCGCCCAAAUCAUUGAGGAGUUAUUAAAAAAAGAUGAAGCUCUAGCUGGGUGA